AUGACGGCAAUCGCAGAGUUCGAACGCAGUGUUGCCUCCCAGCGUUUUGACUCUUUCAAACAGCUACAGGAUAACUUAACCGUCUUCUCUGAUACGUUCGGCUACCGAUUUGUCAACUCGAAAUUCAGCUACUACAACGAGGGAACGCAGAAUCGUGAGCGGUUUGUGUACAAAUACCUUGAUUUGAAAUGUGCUUACGCUAAGAAACGUAACUGUGCUGCCUACUGUAAUGUAAGAUGCCGCCGCAACUUCAUGUACAUUCGUUGUUGGUCGAUGGAACACAAUCAUCCACCUGAUCCUCCAGACACUUCUACUCUAGUCGACUGCACUGAAUCCUUCAAAUGUACUUUUACAUCUAUGGUCUUCGACAGCUUCCAAGAUCUUGAAUCGAAAAUACGAGAACUGGAGAAGGCGACGGGGACGAGGUUUACCAAAUAUUCGACCAGGAUGCUUCCAGAGUCCAGUGAGCAUAGGCAGCGGUUGGUAUACGAGAGGGUCAACUAUGGUUGCAUUCACUCGGGUAAGACGAAACAGAGGAAUUCCACGUACAUUGGGGUCCGUUCGCAGAAAAUUGGCUGUCAAGCACGCAUUCGGGCCUGCAUAGCGAAGGACAAGCUGAAGGUGAUGCUCUACAGCAUGAAGCAUAAUCACAUCGUCUCUAAUACUUGUUUGAACCGUGGGUCCACGCGAAAGUCCCUUUACGAUGACUUCAUUUCGUCGUCGGAUCAUCUCUACGAAAAAAUGGACGCUGAAGACGCCGAGGUGGAUUUUGAGCUUGAUCUGCCUAACUUGGCUGCCACGGCUGCCAACGGAUUUCGGGAUGACGACCUACCUGCCAUGCCUAUUGUGCUCAAAAAGACUCGUUCUUCGCAUUCGCAGAUUUCCGGCAGUAAAAAUAAGCGAGCGCGACGGCCCUGUUCGCGUGACAAUGACGAAGUGAGAAGUGAAAACAGUGCAGUUCCCGAAGUGAAUACCCUCUACCAGCUGAAGGUGAUUGGUCCUAAUACUCUUCUUGCAGCGGGGGGAGGCGGGAACUCAAAAACUGGGGUACCCAACAGAAUCGAUGUGAUUCAAUUCAACCGCCCCGCCUACGCCCCUAUUGGCCAGGCUGCCAACGAGGCACUUAUUCCAUCUAAUACUACGCUCAUUGGUGGACUCGACACUAAGCACAAAGCAAUAAUGCACAUGACGCUUGGGUGUCAGUCUCCCGGUGCGGCCUCAAUCCUUGCGCUUGAGGGCUCCACUUGUCAGGAGUAUUUCCUUCACGCUAACGAUCUUGAACCGCCCACAAUAGCUGAUGAAAUUCCCACUGAGCAAGAGUCAUCUAUAUCAUCUACUGGUCUGAGUCGUCACUUUCAGCAUCAGCACACACUCUCCUCUGCUUCUUCCUCCUCUGAGGAUAGCCAUUCCACUACUGGUGUCAGUUCUACUAGCGUGGUUCGUAGACUUCCGGCACGAAUCAACCUUUUUGAAGUGUCCGAAGUGGCGAAGAAGAUACCUGCUGAUAGUAGUGGCGAAGAGCAGCUACCAUGGACGUGCGAAGCAUUGCGCAGCAUCAGCGUGGCACCUACCAAAGCUCUAAUAGAGCGCCGUCGAUUGGACAGCUGUAGCAGCACAGGUAGUGUUUCUGCAGUCCUUGAUGAUGACGACGAAUUAACGUGCAUUACUUCGGGGGGACCGGCGGGUGGCGGAUGGUGUGCAGUGGGCACUGUGCAUGGUGGUGUCGCUCUCAUCGAUCGCUACGCUCUGGUGGAGGAGUUGCGUAAUUGCCACUCUUCUCGUUCAUCCAAUGCCUCUUAUUCUUUCACUUUCGACGAUGAUGCUGGAGACGCCGUCUUUCCUCUCCAGCCGUUUUGUACCCUGCCAGACGUAAGUGGUGGUCGAUGCGCACCUGUCUGUGAUGUGGCGUUGUCAGCUGCAAAGUUCGUCACUAUUACCACCACUGCCACCUCGAAGGAAAGUGGGUGUGCGCAGCAUUCAGUAGGUCCCUUGCUAGCUACCAUCAGUGGUCGACCUAUGGGUAGCCUGCUGUGCAUUUGGCGAUUGCCUGUCGUCCAGGAUCUUGCCACUGCCAAGAAGGUUAAGUUCUUGCCGAAUACGGAAGGCGAACCUGAGACUGGAUACGCGGUUGCAGCCUCGCCCAUUCUCUACGCCGAAGUGAAGAUGGAGAAUGUGUGUAUUUCUGUGGAUCAGAAGGUUUGUUGCAAUGGCUUUUCUCCUUGUUGUGUUCUGACCACAUUGCAGUCGGGGUCAUCACGAUCAAGGCGGUCAGAAAAUGGUUCCCGCUUCCGUCACUGCGAGUUCCUGCGUUGGACACAUAGGCGCCCCACAGAAGAGGGCGAACUCUUUACCUUUCUGGUAACCACCGAGCAGCCAGUUAGUCCAACUACACGUUCUGUAUGCCAUCUCUCGGUUUGGCUCGUCCCACUACCCGCCUCCAAUUCUCCCAUCUCUGUCACAAAUGGUUCACAGCCAGUACCGGGCCUACAACGCUUCGCGGCAGUACCUUUGCCACCUGGCGAAAUCCCAGCCUGCAUCGCCGUCCACCCUAGCUCUCAGCGUGGAAUCAUCGCUCUUGGUACCAUGGAGGGCUCUGUCGACGUAUUCAUGAUAUCCCUGUGCGAUCGUAGCUUGGUGCGUGUCUACAGCAUGCCAAAAGCACACCCCAUUUUCGUCACUAGUCUCACUUUCCUGCCUCCACGAGAUCAGCAGCACGACGCCCCCUACAAUGGCAAAACUGAGCGACGUCACCUACUCCCGCCGCACUACGAGCUGGUGAGUUCAAGUGCGGACAGACUUAUUCGGUGGCACCGCGGUCCCUCUUUGCAACGCAUUGCUCUCCUUAGUGCGUCCAGACGCUCCCCCUGUCCUGCCAUUGUUACCUCCCUCAUCUUCCUUCUAGUGUUGGCAUUUCCCCUUCUUUUUUCCCCCUUCACGUCCUGUUAG